CAUCACCAGACUACAGUUCGAAUCAUGUCGGGAGAGGUCCGUUUGAAGAAACUGGAAAAGCUGAUCCUGGACGGCCCAGCUCAGUCAAAUGGCCAAUGCCUUAGUGUGGAAACGCUAUUGGAUAUCCUUAUCUGCCUUUAUGAUGAGUGCAACAACUCACCCCUCAGAAGAGAGAAAAACAUAUUGGAGUUUCUAGAUUGGGCCAAACCCUUCACUUCCCAGGUGAAACAGAUGCGCCUGCACAAAGAGGACUUUGAGAUCCUCAAGGUGAUUGGACGAGGAGCCUUUGGAGAGGUUGCUGUGGUCAAAGUGAAGAAUGCAGACAAGGUGUUUGCCAUGAAGAUCCUUAACAAGUGGGAGAUGCUGAAGAGAGCAGAGACGGCGUGUUUCCGGGAGGAGCGGGACGUGCUGGUGAACGGGGACAGCCAGUGGAUCACCACCCUGCACUACGCCUUCCAGGAUGACAACAACCUGUAUCUGGUGAUGGAUUAUUAUGUGGGUGGGGACCUGCUCACCCUGCUUAGUAAGUUUGAAGACCGGUUGCCGGAGGACAUGGCUAGAUUCUACCUAGCUGAGAUGGUGCUGGCUAUUGACUCAGUGCACCAACUGCACUAUGUCCACAGGGACAUCAAGCCAGACAACAUCCUGAUGGACAUGAACGGCCACAUCCGCUUGGCGGACUUCGGCUCCUGCCUGAAACUCAUGGAGGACGGCACGGUCCAGUCGUCGGUUGCCGUGGGGACCCCGGACUACAUCUCUCCGGAGAUCCUGCAGGCGAUGGAGGAUGGGAAGGGGAAGUAUGGUCCUGAGUGUGACUGGUGGUCCCUGGGCGUGUGCAUGUACGAGAUGCUGUAUGGGGAGACCCCCUUCUACGCAGAGUCAUUGGUGGAGACCUAUGGCAAGAUCAUGAACCACAAGGAGGAGUUAGGUGCUGCUGAGCGUUUCCAGUUCCCCCUGCAGAUGACGGACGUGUCCGAAGAGGCCAAGGACCUUAUCCGGCGCCUCAUCUGCAGCCGUGAGCACCGCCUGGGCCAGAACGGCAUUGAGGACUUCAAAUCUCACCCCUUCUUCUCUGGCAUCGACUGGGACAACAUCCGUACGUGCGAGGCCCCUUACAUACCAGAAGUCAGCAGCCCCACAGACACGUCCAACUUUGACGUGGACGACGACUGUCUCAAGAACUCGGAGACGAUGCCCCCUCCCUCUCACACGGCCUUCUCUGGACACCACCUGCCCUUCGUAGGCUUCACCUACACCAGUAAAUGUACCCUAUCUGACCGGGGCUGUUUGAGGGAGUCGGGAGGUUCGGGUCCGGCACAGAUGGAUGUGUGUGUCCAGCGCAGUCUGGAGGAGAGUCUAGCUACCGAGGCCUACGAGAGGAGGAUACGACGCCUGGAGCAGGAGAAGACUGAGCUCAGCCGCAAGCUGCUAGAGUCGACCCAGACAGUCCAGGCCCUGCAGCACGCGCCAGGAGAAGGACCAGCAUCCGUCCCCUCUAACAAGGAGGUGGAGAUCAGGAGUCUGAAGACUGAGAUUGACAUCCUCAAGAAACAGAUCGCAGACUCGGGUCAACUGGAGCAGAAGUUGGAGGAAGCUACAUCAGCCCGUCGAGAAAUGGAGGGCUCAUCCAAACACAUCAGGAGCCUGGAGAAACAGAUGAAGAGCCUCAACCUGGAGAGGGACGACCUGCACAAGGACUUAAUGGAGGCCAGUGAGAAGAUGAAGAGUCAGUCUAAGGAGUUGAAAGAAGCCCACAGCCAGAGGAAGCUGGCCAUGCAGGAGUUCUCCGAGCUCAACGAGCGUUUGACUGACCUUCGAUCAGCCAAGCAGCGCCUGGGCCGUCAGCUCCGGGACAAGGAGGAGGAGAUGGAGGGUUUGUCCCAGAAGGUGGAGGCUCUACGGCUGGAGGUGCGCAAGGCCGAGAGGUCCAAGAAGGAGAUGGAGGCCCAGUCUGAGGAGCAGACAGCAGACGCUCAGAAGGAGAGGAAGCUGAGAGAACGAUCAGAGCAGCACUGCAGACAGCUUGAGGAGGAGCUGGACGGACUCAAGAAGCAGGUGGGACCGUCCGCUUCGGUGGUGGGCUCGGACCAGAGCCAGGAAGUGGGGAAGCUGCGUGCCGACCUGGAGAAGAAGACCUUGUUCUACGAGGAGGAGCUGAGCAGGAGGGAGGCGCAGCACGCCAACGAACUCAAGGGUCUCCGCAAGGAGCUCCGCGACGCUGAGGGACAGCAGCUCACCCUGCAGAAGGAGAUCCUGGUGCUCAAGGACAAACUGGAGAAGACGCGCAGGGAGAGCCAAAGUGAGCGUGAGGAGUUUGAGACGGAGUACAAGCAGAAGUACGAGAGGGAGAGGGUCAUUUUGACCGAGGAGAACAAGAAGCUCUCCAGUGAACUGGACAAGCUGACGUCCAUGUUUGAGAAGCUGAGCAGCAGCAACAGACAGCUGGAGGAGGAGAUGAGGGAGCUGGCUGACAAGAAGGAGAGCGUUGCUCACUGGGAGGCCCAGAUCACUGAGAUCAUACAGUGGGUGAGCGAUGAGAAGGAUGCGCGAGGUUACCUCCAGGCUCUGGCCACUAAGAUGACUGAGGAGCUGGAGGGACUGAGAAACACCAGCCUAGGUGCCAGGGCCACGCAGGACAUGCCGUGGAAGGUGCGGAGGUUCGCUAAGCUGGACAUGUCAGCCCGUCUGGAGCUGCAGUCUGCACUGGACGCUGAGAUCAGAGCCAAGCAGACCAUCCAGGACGAACUGAACAAAGUCAAGGCCUCGAACAUCUCCACUGAGUGUAAGCUGCAGGAGUCGGACACUAAGAACCAGGACCUGCUAGCUGAGAUUGAGAGGCUGAAGAAGGAGACGGAGGAGCUCCGCCUGCGCAGGGGUGUGAAGCACCAGGACUCCCAGAACUCUUUUCUGGCCUUCCUCAACGCCCCCACCACAGCCUUGGACCAGUUCGAUCGCUCUCCAUCCGUUGGGCCAACUAGCAAAGGCAGACGUGUGGACUCGGUGGACAACUUCACUCCCUCCAACACUCCAUCCAGAGGCGAGGACUCCAAGUCCCAGCUCAAGUCACGCUCACGGUCGCCCUCCAUGGCCAGCGACGUGGAGCCUAUAGAGUUGAUAGACCACCCCCCACGGCCGGUCCAGACCGCCACCAUGCGGUCAGGAGGGUAUGGUAGUAUUGGCCGCUCAUCACCCAAGCCCAAAGCCCACCAGUUUGUGGUGAAGUCCUUCAGUGCUCCAACCAAGUGUAACCAGUGCACCUCUCUCAUGGUGGGACUCAUCCGCCAGGGCUGCACCUGCGAAGUGUGUAACUUCUCGUGCCACGUGACAUGUGCUGACAAGGCUCCAGCAGUGUGCCCCGUGCCACACGACCAGACCAAGGGGCCAUUGGGCAUUGACCCUCAGAGGGGCAUCGGCACUGCCUACGAGGGACACGUCAGAGUGCCCAAGCCAACGGGGGUGAAGAAGGGUUGGCAGCGGGCGGUUGCCGUAGUGUGUGACUUCAAGCUCUUCCUGUAUGAGCUUGGAGAGGGCAAGGCCACGACGCCCAGUGUGGUGGUCAGUCAGGUCAUAGACAUGAGGGAUGAGGAGUUUUCAGUCAGCUCUGUUCUGGCGUCUGACGUCAUUCACGCCAGCCGCAAGGACAUCCCAUGUAUAUUCAGGGUGACUGCUGCCCAGCUGUCCGCCUCCUCCAGUCACAAGCCUUCCAUCCUGAUCCUGGCCGACACCGACCACGAGAGGAACAAGUGGGUGGGGCUUCUCAACGAGCUACAGCGCAUCCUCAAGAAGAACAAGCUGAAGGAGCGCUUUGUCUACGUGCCCAAAGAGGCCUACGACAGCACGCUGCCGCUCAUCAAGACCACGCAGUCCGCCGCUAUUAUAGACCACGAGCGUGUUGCCCUGGGCAACGAGGAAGGCCUUUAUGUUAUCCAUGUCACCAAAGAUGAGAUCAUCCGCGUGGGAGACAAUAAGAAGGUCUACCACAUCGACCUGGUCCCCCAGGAGCAGCUCCUAGCAGUCAUCUCCGGUCGUAACCGCCACGUCCGCCUCUUCCCCAUGGCCGCGCUGGACGGACGGGAGAUGGACUCUUACAAGCUGGCCGAGACCAAGGGCUGCACAGCGCUGGUGUCCGGGCCCGUCCGAAACAACUCCCUCAUCUGUCUGUGUGUGGCCAUGAAGAGACAGGUCAUCUGUUACGAGGUGAACAAGAGCAAGGCGCGCCACCGCCGGCUGCGGGAGCUCCAAACCCCAGGUCCUGUCCAGUGGAUGGGUCUCCUGAGCGAGCGGUUGUGUGUGGGCUACCAGGCUGGCUUCACGCGCUACAGCGUGCACGGGGACUGUGCCCCGGUCAGCCUGCUGCACCCCGAGGACCACACCCUGGCCUUCAUAUCCCAGCAGGGCCUGGAUGCGUUGUGUGCCGUGGAGAUCUCCUCCAAGGAGCUGCUGCUAUGCUUCUCAGCCAUAGGGGUCUAUGUGGACUCGCAGGGCCGCCGCUCGCGCCAGCAGGAGCUGAUGUGGCCGGCCGUGCCCAACUCCGCCUGUUAUAACGCCCCCUACCUGUCAGUGUACAGUGAGAAUGCUGUGGAUGUGUUUGAUGUCAACACAAUGGAGUGGAUUCAGACCGUCCCACUAAAGAAGGUGCGACCUCUGAACCCUGACGGAUCCCUGAACCUCCUGGGUCUGGAGACCGUGAGGCUCAUCUACUUCCGAAACAAGACGGCAGAGGGUGAUGAGCUGGUGGUCCCCGAGACUUCUGACAACAGCAGGAAGCAGAUGGUUCGCAGCUUGAACAACAAGAGACGCUUCUAUUUCAGAGUCCCCGAAGAGGAGCGGCUACAGCAGAGGAGGGAGAUGCUGAGAGACCCAGAGAUGAGGAACAAGCUGAUCUCCAACCCCACCAACUUCAACCACGUGGCCCACAUGGGACCUGGGGACGGCAUCCAGAUCCUCAAAGACCUGCCCAUGAACGUGCGUGUUCAGGAGAGUCGUGCUGCAGGCUUCAGUGGCUCCGUGUCCAUCCCCUCCAUCACCAAGAACAGAGCCGAGCCGGGACGGUCCAUGAGCGCCAGCAGUGGACUGGGCAUCCGUUCGUCAUCUCAGAACGGCAAUGCGUUGAGGAGAGAGCUGUCCGGGGGUAGCUACAGCUCUAAGCGCCAGACCAUGACCUCUCCCUCCGAGAGCUCCUUGUCCUCCGGAGGGGGUAUGGACGGCUGCAGCGACGCACCCCUCUCCCAGUUCGACAGAGAGUGGCAGGCGGUCUCACCAUCGGAGAAGACCCCCGAUCUGAAAAGGGCUUUAAGGACCCUGCUUAGUAAGAUGAAGGACUCUGACUCACCCCGUCACUCGACGGCGUCCAACAGUUCUACGUUCAGCAGUCCCCCCAGCCCGGCCUCACCCCACAAGACCAAGUCCCUCUCACUGGAGAGCACAGACCGCAUGAGUGGCUGGGACACAUGAGUGACAGACCGCACACAGCUCCAUUCCCUGACCCUCACCAAGCUCCUGGGCCCGCCCCCCUUCCCGGGCCCUGCCCACGGAACUGUACCCGCUGCCACAGGGAAAGGAAGUGUUUGACCAAGAGGGAAAUACUGGGAAAGGGUGUGUGUGUGCGCGUGUGUGUGUGUGUGUGUGUGCUCGUGUUUGUGUGUGUGUGUUUUUGAGGGAGGGCAUACAAUAUAGGAAUUAAAAUGUACACCCCCUUUCAUCUGCUUUGUAGCUGAUAACCAGAAUAAGCGAAGCGCUGAGUUUUAUUGAGAGUACUUUUGAUUGCAGCACUACUAGCCCCGUAUAGAUUAUUAUGUCAUUGGCAACUCCUGUAAAAAGACACACAAACCUCAAGACGCGACAAAGAGAAGAGGAUCAAUAUGAAACAACAGAUCAUUUGAUACGUGUACAUAGCACCCUUUGGGCUUGGGGGGUGGCCACCUUUUAUUUAUUCAUCUAUCUAUCGAAGACAUGGAGAGCAAGGUGCUUUGCAGCUAGAGGAGAAAGAGAGGAUGUUUUCACUCUCUCUUUUUCCUUCUGUUGCUUUCUUCCAAAACGGUAGUUGGCAGCAGGAGAAGAGGGGAAUUCCAUUUUACAAUACAAGGCUCACAAAAUAACAUUUAAAAAAAUGAAGAAAAAAAGAAAGCAAUUAUGUAUUUUUUAUUUUAUUUUUUUGCUCAUGAAGUGAAAUAUGUGCCGUGACUUAAUGUCUUCGUACCAUCAGCGAAAAGCUACAGUAAAGCAGUACAAAAAUACAAGUAUGGUUAGGGGUAUUUUAACUCUAGGUGACACCUCGCUGGCUUCAUGUUCUCGAAUUCUUAGGGACAGCGGUGUUUUAGAAGCAGACUGAACAUUCAAUGAUGACAUCACAGCUCCUUAUGCGACUUCCUCAUGACAUGGGCCAGUGACCUCAUCCAGUGAUCUGGGACCAUUUUCCAUGUAGUGUAGACCUAGUACUGUAAGUGCAGUAAUAGACCAACCACCGAUCAAUUCCAAAAAGCCAAUUCCCAUCACAACCAUGUACAUAGGUUAAAAUCAGAGAAUAAUAUAUGAUAAGGGAAUUACUAUAGAGAAAUAGAUGAUGGGGAGAAGAUCCUCGAUUCCUGUUUAUCUUUUGAGUAUGAUUUGGGGUGAUAUCCGCACGAAAGCCAUUUUAAACCACUUCAAGUUCCUCUGAUUUUGCUUUUAGAUUUGUUUUAGUUUUUUUCUUUCUAUUUCAUAUAUGAGACACAAACUGUCAAGUGUCAUUUUGAUUUGCGUUUGAGGAAACUAAUAUUAAGGGUCGCAUGGACCCCGUGCUGUUAAGUGAAUAUGUGCAUUUAUUUGAAGCGAUCGUCUUGUCACAGAUGCAUGCGUUCACACUCACAUGCACAAACACACACACACACACGCGCGCGCGAGCGAGCGAACACACACACACACACACACACGGCCGUUUCCCCCGCCACUCUUUCCACUAUGGUCCACAGUUGGAUCAGUUUGAGGUGGGAUUGCAUCUUUCCUAACUGAAAGUGAUUCUGAAACACUUAAGUGUGUAUUUCCAUACUUUUCUCUGUGGUACCAACGUGUGAACCUCAAAUAUGUUGUAUCCUUUGACUUCCGAGAGAGAUUUUGGAAAGCUUGUUAUAACCAAAAAUAGAAUGACUUGGAAUCUUGAGUCUUCGUUCUUUUUCAGACAGCCUUGCUUAUUUUGAAGAAUGUUUUGAUAGGUUAUGGGGGGGGGGGGACAAUUGUAGAUGUCGAUUUGACUAGACAGACAGACAGCGCUAGGCUGAAAUGGGGGGUCAAAAAAGAGUGAAAUAACGGAAAAGAAAUGCUAAGAUGACAAGUUCAAUGUUUAAUUUCUGUUCCAAUCCUCCCUGCUGUCAUUGAUAUGUUCUUACUAUUAACUGGUAAGCUGUAUAUUACUGUCUGGUAAUGCAAUAACCUUGAUACAAGCCACAAAUUGGGGUCAAUUCCAUUUUUCUUUUGUCAAUUCAAGUUCCAUUCCAAUUUUCCUCAAUGCUUCUUUGUGACAAAUUUGGAAUUAGAAUUUCUGUUUACUUUCUGAAUUGCCUACAUUGAAAUGGACCCCAACCCUAAUGCAAAUCACAGCAUGGUGUUGUUGAUGUGUAUUUAUAUGUGGAAAUGAAACAAGCUUUGGGUCGAGUGCCUAGAUCAGCUGACUCUUCUCUCUCAAGCGGAAGGGAGGGGACUCUUAUUCUGGAAAGGGGACUUUUUUUUUCAUUUCUAAUGAGGAAUUAUUUUUAUGUUCCAGACCGUUUUAAUGAAUGACCGUUGUUACUUACUGUUCAAAGGGACCUUCUGUCUUAAGGUUUAGGAGUGUUGAAGUGUACCAAGUAGUCAAACAUGGCAGUUUAUCGAUCCUAGUCAGAAGUGUAUAAAAAUAUAAGAUUUCAGAUUUCUGCUUUCAUCCGUGCCAUCGGGGGCCUAAACCUUCACCCUAAACCACAGUUCUAUUAUAUUCCCUUGAAAAUACAGUCAUUUAUCUCUAGGCUACUCAUUCCACGUGUUUUUAGAAUUCCAUUUUAUAUUGAGCUUUUGCAAAAUAAGAAUUUUGCCUUUAGACGUCAGUCUCGCUAAGUUGGUUUUACUCAACCGUCUCAACUUAACCACCUCUCUUACGAUUUCCUUUUAACGCUACCAAGAGUCUCUAUUCAUAUCUGCUGGGCCGUGUCUGUAGAAUGUAUUAGCUGAGAGCGAAGAGGAAAUAUCUUAGUCUGAGAGUAUGAUAGACCAGGCUUUAUACUGUAUAGUUAAAGGCCCGAAAUCCCACUUUAAAAAAAAUAAAUUACAAAAAAAAAACUCAGGAAUGUCAGAACCAAUGAUUAUUUUCACCCUAACAAUGGAAGUGAGUGUGACAGAACAGACUACACUUGGGAAAGAAGAGCUACAUUUAGCCGUAGUGUAGCCAGCUGUGACUAGGCGUAAGGGUCUAAAGAUUCAGGUGGAAGAAAAGACGGAUACACGGAGGAAGAACUCAGACAAGUGUUUUGAAUUAAGGAUGAAAAGGGGUGAAGGAGCAGAUGGAGGGGUAGUAGUUUGAGGCUGAGGUGUCACCAUGAUAACCAUUAAAAAAUAUUUCAAAAAACGCCUUUGCAUUUCAGUGAGGUCUUAUCUUCAGUUCCUUCUAUAUUAUUUUGUUCUUUCAUAUCAUAUUAUACACCUUGUUUUUCUAGGAUUGCUUUGUAAUAAUUUGUACAGUUUUGCAUGUUAUAGAUGUAAUCAUUUUAUUUGAACGGUUUUGGGGAGUUUUAUUGAGGAUACCCACUACAGGUGAUGUAGAUUCUUUUUGCACAGAAAUAUUUAAGGUGUAAGGUCAAACAAAUAAUGUAUGGAAACUGGCCACCACACUUGUGGAGAACUCAUUAUAUUAACCUGACUCCAAUGUAUUUCAAUAAAGCAGAGGGCUGUUACAAAUACGG